AAAAAAUUCCAGUUAUUGAAAAAAUAAAAAUAUGAUUUCUCUUUCCGACAGGCUGACUAAAAUUGCUUGUAUUGACCGAACACAGUCCCUUCAUCAUCUUCUGCAUGUCAUCAUGUCCUUUAAACACAUUCAUCAUGGGCGUGGCAGUGAUGCUAAGGGAAUACACUUCUACCAAACUAUUCAACUUCCUCACUUGCACAGCGAAGAACUAAUGAUUCCUAGGAAUUUUGUAGAGGGAUAUUGGAAAGAUGUAUCAAAUCCAAUAUCCUUUAUACUUCCAAAUGGGUCUGAUUGCAAAAUGUAUUGGGUUCAACAUGGUGAUGAUAUUUGGCUUCAGAAUUGGAAAAAGUUUUCAAGGUCGCUUAGAUGCGGAGAUCUUUUAGUUUUUCAAUACACAGGAGGAUCAGAUUUUCAUGUCAUUAUAUUAGAUGAUAGUAAAUUAGAAAUUGACUAUUCAAGUAUGAGAUGCAAUAAUAAUGACCAAGAUUCAAGCAAACAAUAUAUUAGUACUAAACUAGAAGAAGAAGAAGAAGAAGAGUGUGAUGAUGCUGACUGUGUUGAGGUUCCGAAUGAUAAUGAAAAUACCAAACAACCCUUCAAGAAAAAGAAAAUCAACUCAAAUGAUUGUGCUGCUACACAUACUCCUCAAAGAAGAAGGAUUAAUAUGACUGCAACCGCGCAAAAAGUCUCAAAGGUGAAUAGUAAUAGAGGAGGCAUGGGUAAGAAAGCUAAGAAAUGCACAAAAAUUAAAGAUGGUAACAAGAGAAGCUGCACAAAUUCUAUUCCCAAUGAGAAUCCCAGUUUCACUCUCACAUUACCUCGAUCUUACGUGGAAGGUGAUAAGUUAAAAUUGAGGAUACCAAAUUGGUUUUCAAAAGAAUACAUGAAUGAGUUGUUGCAAAUGAAUGCAACGAUUAGAAGUGUUGGUGAGGACCGGACAUGGCGUGUGAAGUUAUUCUUUGAAGUACCCAAAAGAAACUUUUUAAUGACCACCGGUUGGAAGCCAUUUUCACAAGCACAUAACUUGCAAGUUGGUGAUGUAUGCAAAUUUGAGAUGACUCAACGAGAACCACUUUCAUUCACGGUUACUAUUAUUCCAGCUACAAAUAAACCAUGCCCGGAGCAGUUUAAAGAAAACCAACGAGUCCAAGAAAACUCGGGUACAACUCCUAUAGAAGAUAUGGAAUAUGUGGGCAAUUUUGAAGAAGGAAUUUCAGGGAUCUUCCCAAAAACACAUGGUCUUACAAAUUCUGAAAGUCUGAAUUUACACAAUAAGUUCAAGGUUUUUGUAACAUCAUUAUUCAUGCUGGUCAUACCAAGUGAGUUCUUGACGAGACACAAUAUUUCUAGUGGAAAUUCAGUUGAGUUGAAAGUAGGGGAAGGAACAUGGUUUGUAGAGGUGAGUUUUAAUCAACAUCUUGAUUAUGGAUGGUUCACUAAAGGUUGGCCAGAAUUUGUGAGAGAAUGCAAAGUAAAGAUUGGAGACACUUGUUUGUUUGAGAUGAUUGAUGUGCAAAAUCACGUGUUUAAGGUUUCAAUUAUCCUAGACUAGAUGUUUAGAAGAACGUUUGUGUUUUGUCAUUUAUAUGUUAUAUAAUCACUCCAUAUGGAAUUAAGAGAGCACUCCUGAUGUUGUUUUAGAACUAGGAGACC